AUGUCCAACGAUUCGGGCAAUCUCGACCAGCUCCUAUCAGAUCUUGGUCUAGCACUACAUCCAGAUAUCGCAAAGCACCGUAAACUAACCACAAAAGUCGCCCGCAAGCCAGCUCAAGUAAUUCUAAGAGAUGACGCCCUCGCAAUUUCGAGCUCUAGCUCAUACAUCUGCCAUGCAUGUCUCGUCGCAUCAUCUGCCACCCUCCUCGUAUGUGCAAGAUGCAAGUCGGCUCGAUACUGCAGCAAGAAAUGCCAGGCAUCAGAUUGGAAGUCAGGCCAUAAACUCGCAUGCCAAUUAUACGUCAACUACGCAACCGAUCACGAUAUAGCCGAAGCUGAUUUACUCAUAAAAGCUAUAUAUAAAUCAGACGAGGCCAGUAAAAGUGUCGCAUGGAUGUCAUUCUCAAAGCUUAUGGACCAUGCUAAUGAAUUCGACGAUGAAACAACGAUGGAAAUGAAGCAAACUAUUGAUUGGGUAUCGCAGGUAUCAUCACAUGGACCAAGUGAUAUGAUGACGUAUUUAGGACGUUUCAAAUCAAACAAUUACGCCAUGUAUGAUCCAGAUCUAAACAUUGUAGGAGAAGGCUGCUUUGCUCUCGCAGCGCUACUCAAUCACUCGUGUCAUCCAAAUCUCUGUAUCGAAUUUGAAGGGCGUGGAAUGGUGGUGAGGUGCAUGACAGAGCUGACAUCUGGUGAUGAACUGUUGGUGUCAUAUCAGGAUCCAAUGACUCCGGGAACUCGUAGGCGGUUACUGCUCAAGGAAAAUUUUGACUGCACCUGCAUCCGAUGUGUAAAACCAGACCCCAUAAUACCAGCCCUCCAUGGUGGAUUUCCAUACGUAGAUACCCUACUCACAGAUGCAGACGACCCCAUCGACUUGCACAUAGUAUCAAACCUCAUAGCAGACGCUACAAACAUGCCCUCAUAUAUCCCCAUAUUCAACAACCCCAAUCCAACACCCCCGAUAUCACCACCACUCAUAUCAUAUAUAUCAACCAUCCUACCAUUCAUGGCCCCCGUAAUCCCACCAACAUCAUCCCAAACAACAUACCUAACGAAACACCACGAAAUAAUCACCACAUUCAUCACCACACCAUCAGAUAUAUACACCCUCCCAACAUUUAUAGCAGCAAGCACACUUCUAACGAAUCAAAUCGAGUCUGGUAAACCGCAAUGGCUGGAUGUAGCGAUAUUGGCCAUGUAUGCUGCAUCAACGUAUUUGUUGGUAUAUGAAAGGUAUCAUCCAAUGGUGGGGCUCAAGUUCUUGUUGGCGGGGAAGGCGCUGUUUAAUGCUGCCGAGGAUGCAAAGACGCAGCCAGAGUUGAGGAGUAUGGUUUUAGAUGCACAGGUGCUCGUCAAGUUGGCAAAGGAGUGCCUGGCUGUGUCUCAUGGGUAUGAAGGUGCUAACGGGCGGGUGAUGAAGGAUGUUGAAGAGGUUGAGAAGGCUAUUCUCAUUGAGUUGUCAUGA